AUGCCGUUGGUUGCGUCGUCGUUUCGGGCAAUCGUUUCUGCAACCCUAUCUCAUUCCAUAAGGUUAAAGGUCAAACGCUCUUCCAAAUCCAAUGACACUCCUUCCACCACACUCCUCCUUGUCUACCAAACCAACACCAUGACGACCACGACGAGUGAGGAACCAGAUAAUGGCACUCCAGCAGCAAGUGCCACUACCAGUAGUGAGCCUCCUCUAGUAACUGAUGCCGAGGAGCCCGAAACCAAAGAAGAGCAAGCCACAGGAGAAGAAGACGAAAAGGACGAAGAGGGCACCAAAAAUAGUAGCACACCACCCCCGGCCAAUGACGACAAGGGAACACUGGAGAGUUCUACGUUUGAAGACGAUGGCACAUUUGCCUUGCCUCCUGGAAAAGAAUUCAAAACUACAAGCGCCACGCCAGCAGAAAGUAAUAAUAACAAGGGCGCUCAAAUCUUGAUGAGUCGAUUUUCCACUUGGCGGCAAAAAGCCAAUGAAAAUGCCACUGUGCUGUGGAAACAGGCCAAAGAAGCACAAGCCACAGCCGCCGCCAACAAUCAAGGACCGUUGGCGGCGUUGCGACAAGUCUCGAGUGUCGCUGUGGGGAAUGCGACCGAGAACGGUACUACUACUAGUAGUGGCAACUCCAAUGACGACCAGAAAAUGCCAGCAGAAGAGGCAGACAAUUCGACUGGUGGCGGUUUUAUCAACAUGGAAGAAAACACCAAUGACAAUACUACCACUCGUAACUCUACCAAUGAUGACAAUAACGACGAGGAAGACCCGGAAGAAAAGCAUCACAAUGACGAGGAAGAGGCAGAGACAUCUCAUUCAACUCCACGAACGAUUCCCAAUCUUCCGACUCGCAGGGAACUGCGAUCCAGAGCACAAGCUGUGGCCAGUGGCGUUGCCGAAUCUCUCGAUUCCUACUAUGCCACUGGAUUUAGAGGUCGCUAUGCUGGCAACAACAAUGAUCCAACCAACAAACCCGCCACACCCUCGGCAUCUUCUCAUGAAGCUGCCAAGGAAUCACAAACCUCCCUCAUCCUCAAAUCACGAGCUGCCGGGCACUUGCAAGAAAUUCUUGCCUCGUUGGAACCAUUCCAAUACGUGUUGCUCUUGGGAGCUGGUAGACUCCAAGUCAAUCUCAAAAAUCCGUACGUCAAACAUCAAGGAACCUACGUGGACUUUUUGGUCAGUGGAGGAGCCGCCGAUAAAUCCGGUGUUGUGGCGGUGGGGGACUCCAUUGUCAAGGUAGGACCACAAGAUGUCCGAAAACAUACCAUUGCCGAUGUCCCAUCCAUCAUUGCACAUGCCAAGCGACCUGUGGUGCUGGUGUUGACCACGGGGGUCGAAAUGGAUGUCGACCGGAUCACGUACUUGGAUUUGGCCGUGGCCAUGAUGCACCGAAUGCGAGCCAAGGAUAUGAAACAAAAGCGAGAAAUGAUUGCUUCUGCUCACAAGAAUCAAGAGCCAAAAGAAGAGCCACAGGAAUCGGCUCCCAACGCGGAUGACACUUCUUCACCCAACACGGAAGAGGAGGAGGGAGACGACAAUCCAACAACAACACAGCCAGAUGUCGAGGAACCCAAAGAAGAAGAAUUUGAAGAGCAUGACGAACAAGUCUAUGACGACAUUAAGAUUCCCGUGGUUCGUACGGCGGAGGGUUACACCAGUCCCCCCUUGCCUCCUCUCGCGGCAUCCAAGGCAUAUAAGCACUUGGUUGGAAAACGUUGCAAUGACAACUUUUCGGUUACGGAGUUCAGCCAGUUUGCCGCCAGUGACGACAACCUUCGUGAGACGUUGCGCAAUGCCUUUUUGUGCUGCGCCGUAGAUGGACGUCGAUUUCCUUUCUUGGGCCGCCAUUUAACCAUGGAGCAAGAUAUGCUCGACAACAACACCUACAAAGCUUCCAAUUCACAGCGGUUGCAACAACCCAACAAAAACUCUCCCAAUGCACUGCUGAUGCUCUUUCUAGAACUGCUCAACUUUGCGGACUUGCAUGGCGUGACCCCAGCGUGCCGCAGAAAGGAAGUGGCGCAACGCAUUGCUUGCAAGUUCUUUCUACCUACCAAAGUCAACGAUGUGGGAUCGGGACAGCCGAGGUUGGAGCCACCCAUGUUUGACUUUCAUCACAUUGUCUCGGACUCGGUUUUGAGAAAGUUGGAAGCGGAUUUGGCCAAGGCAGAUUCAGAUGGUGUCUCUCGGGACUUGUUCUUGGAAUUUCAGCAUGCCGUCGUGGAUGCGCUGUGCGGAACUACUUUCUUGUUGUUCCUCGUGUCCAACCAUUGUGCCCGCAUGAGAGGGUAUCUCCGAAACGUGGCUCCCUACGUCAACGUAUCUUUGAAUUCGGUCAUGGAGGCUUUGAUAACCAAACCCUCCCCUGAUGCUUCAGCAAAGCAUUGCUUUCUGUUCACAUUGAUCUAUCUCAUUCAACUGGAGAAAGAUCCAACGUCCACACUCAGUACUGAUGAUUCUACACUGUUGGGCCGCAACGGACGACGAAUGGUUGGCGCUGCUGGUGGCUUAUGUUGCUACUUGUUUAUCCUACGAAACGUUGUGCCGGCCCUGGAGCGGUUCCAAGAGAAGAACGUCGCUGGGACAGAGACUAAGCCAACAGAGGGCGGAGCAGAAAGCAAUAACACCAAGGCAACGAUCAGUGAAGGUGAUGGGGAGGCAAUUGUCAAAGCCAUCGGGCAGUUCUGGGAAAUUUUCAUCGUGCCUGGAGUGGGCGCGUUAGAGCAUUGCUGGAAGAGCAAAGAAUCAAAGGAGUAUUUGGAGUCACUCCGUGGCAGACUUCGAUCUAUUCGCAAGGAGGUUCUGGGCAGUUCGGGGGGUGAAACGGACAAGGAAUGCAGAGCUCGAUUUGCUCAAAAGUUUGCUUCGGAGCCCGGUCUGUUGAAGAAUCUAAAAGACUUGGCAGACCACCUCCUGUACGACUACGCCAUCCACACUCAUUCACAGUUCCGAGAGCAUCACUUUCACGAAAUGCUCUGCAACGAAAUUGUCAAGGGCAAAAGAGAACAAUCGAAACUCCUUACACCGGAUAGAUCGGGCGAGGUGGAAGAAUCGACAAAACCGUUGCCGGAGCUACCCUCGGGCUGUAUCAAACGCCUUCUUCGAAAAAUUGACCUCCCAGUUGGUGUUUCGCCCCAUAGGCCCCUCAAUCUAUCCGCAGCAAAGAAGCCCGCACCAACAGAAACAAAGGCAACGGCACAGUCGCUCAACGCCGACUGUGCUGUGGUGUUUGGGACUAGUGUUGGUUCCGACUUGGCGGUAAAAAUGAUGAGUCCAGCAAUGGAUCGUCAGUCUGACAUUCGCCGCUACACUUGCCAGGAUGUAACUGUUGGAGGCCCAAAGCUUCCAGAGUCCUUCGAGGAUGAGAUGAUCCCUCCAACACUUGAGAGCUAUGCCGUCCUCCCGUCGACGCGUUUGUCUGGAUUUUCUGAGGUGACUGGCAACGUUUCCAUCAGUGCGGAUGGCUGGGAGAUUUCACUCAUCAACUUCAUGAUCCCAAAGGCGGACGACGGUUCAGAACCGGAAGAAUCCCACUCUUUGUAUGGCGUUUCUCUCGUGUUCCAGCAGAGCCCCAAUGCUAGAUAUUAUCCACGCAAAAUUUCUCUGACCCAGCUGCUUGACAAAGCCGACGAAGGCAAGACGAAAGCAUCCGCUGAUGGCGGCAGCAGCCCUGAACCUGCAACGAUUGAUGAUGACGGGAAAUUCCCCUCGCCAAUUACCUUUGACAUCCCUUCUGACAAUCAUUGGUUAACCUUCAAUCGCAACGUCAAGGUCUCAGCGAAGGUUCCAGUUUUCAACAGUCACAUACGCGACAAGAGGUGGAUCGACAGAGUGCAUCAAGAUGAGGAUCGGGACCAUACCGCGUCGGCCACUGUUGGUGUGGCACUUGUCAGUCGUCGAAACACAGUAAUAGCAAUGAGACAGACACUGUGGAUGCUGCUACGUGACUUCUCGAGAGCACCAGAGGCUCAAGGAGGCAGCCAAAAGAACGUGCUUGCAUGUGGUGCAUUGGUGGAUCUGCUUGGCAAUUUCGCUCACCAAGACGUCGAAGGAAUUGCUUUGAAGUCCAUCUUGGAACCUUACAUUCGUGCUUCUUCGGCGCCCUGGAUCGAACGGCCGCUUUCGGCGCAAAAGGAAGAGUUUGAGAGGCAUGCAGGUCAGCAGCUCAUCACUUGUUUGCCACCAAUCCCGCUUGCCUUGUUGUUCAUUGCGGCCUUGAUGGAGCAAAAGAUCAUCUUAUCUUCGAGUCGCAGAAGCAUUCUGUUUUCGGCAACUGCGGCAUUGCAGUCAAUGCUUACGCCACUAAAAUGGUGCCAUUUGCUGGUGCCCCUAGUGCCAACGGCGUUGGCGAAAGACUUGGUCCAGUAUCCUGCUCCGUUUAUUCUUGGAAUGCCAUCAGAAGACCCAAGUACAAUGGAAAUCAUGAACGAUUUGCCUAUGGAUGUCACAUUGGUGGACUUGGAUGUGGGUCGUGUCAUUUUGGCUCCUGAAUUCUCGUUUGACACCACCAACCUCGCACCUAGCGACAAAGACGAUAAAGACCCCGGGGCCAUCAUGAAAGAGUUGCGAGCCCAAGUGCUAUACCUAGCUCAGAUUCUUGGAUCCCAUUUCGGAGCCAAGCUGUUCCGCGAUGCCUGGUCGUGUGACAGCCCAGCAUUGACUCUUCGCCGAGACUUGCAGGUUCCAAAGCAAGAAGCUGAUUUUGACGUUUUGCGUUCUGUUUGUCGCAGUUUCAUUGAUGAAUUGAUGGCAGGCAUUUCUUCCAGUUGCUUUUGGAUCGAGGAAGAGGCUGUGGGAGAUAAGAAGUGCUCCGAGCCAACAAUUCUGUUCGACGAGGAUAGGUUCUUUCACAUCAAGAGGUGGCGAGAGGAGCAUGGCUACGAACCUCUCUUCAAGCAUUCGGAUCAUGACGUCAAUCGAAACCUUGCAUUGAGCAUGGACGGCUUCAACCUUGUGCUGGAAACGUUCGUUCGAUGCCAAAGCAUGAAUCUGUUCCUCAGCUCACAGUCCAAAGAGGGAAUGGCAUUUUCGCUGUAAAGGAGCAAUAGUCAUGGAGAUGAGGUACUGACUGGUAGGACUAGUACGGUGAAGGUGUCUACAGUAGCGUGCUGGAUAGAUUGCUAGGGCUAGCACUCAUAAAGUUAGAGCGAGUUUGAGAAUUUGCUU